UGCAUAUUUGCCAAACCUGCUUGUACACUCAGCAAAACAGGUGGCCUCACUGGAGGAACUCCCGAACUCCGCCGGUUGAAAUUCUGCCCGUUUUCGUUCCAGCUUUCCCGAUGAAUUCACCGCGGUGAACAUCCUCCAAAGCCGUUUUCCAGAGAGAAAAACAAAAAGAAUCCGGAAUAAACAAGGGCACUUUUAAAACCGGAAACCAACCAACAACAAAAAUAUCGGUCUUGUGUAGCUUUCUGGAAGUCGCAGCCCAGCAGUCUGUACAGCAAGGAUUUCUAUUUAUCUUUUCAAUGGCCAAAAGCUUGGAUUCUCCCUCGGAAUUGGGAUCGCCUGUUGCAGCGAUGACCCAGUUCCAGACUCUGGAGCAGGCCCUGGGGGAGGUUGUGUGCACGUUUCAACGCUACUGCCGGAAGGAAGGGGACCGCAACAUGCUUAGCAAAGCCGAGCUACGGAACCUCCUGCAGACAGAAAUGCCCAGUUUGCAAACGCUGGAAAUCAAAGGCCCGGCGUUGGAAGAGCUGCUCACCUUGCUGGACACCGAUCAAGACGGCCAGGUCACCUUUGAGGAGUACAUCCGUUUCGUGGCGGCCGCCUUCACUUUCUUCCAUCUGCACUUCCGGGAUGCUCCCGUGGCCCAACCACGGAUCUACUCCAUCCUCUUUCAACAGCACCCCAAAAUGGCCACCCCCCUGGAGAAAGCCCUGGACACCAUGGUGGUCACCUUCCACAAAUAUUCCCAGAAGGAAGGAGACCAGUUCAAACUCAACAACACGGAACUGAAGGAGCUACUGAAGCAGGAGCUGCCCGGAUUCAUCAGCAAGAAAAAAGACGAGUCGACGUUUCAAAAAAUUAUGAGCAACUUGGAUUCCAACAAGGACAACCAGGUGGAUUUCCAGGAAUACGCCACCUUCCUCGCCUGCAUCGCCAUGGAAGAUACUUACACACCACACCCAAUUCCCUGCUUCGCCUCUCAAGCCCAUCGUCCACCUUCUUCGACCGCCCUCGGUGCCCCCCGACCCAUGGAGACCCCGCUGGAGAAAGCCUUGGCCACCCUGGUGUGCACCUUUCACAAGUACUCCGGCCGAGAAGGCGACAAGUUUACCUUGAGCAAAGGAGAACUGAAGGAGCUGGUGAAACAGGAGCUGGCCCUGGGAGAGAAAAUGAAGGAUCGUGGGAUCGACAAGCUGAUGCAAAGCCUGGACAAGAAUAACGAUGACGAGAUUGAUUUUAAGGAAUACACCGGCUUCCUCUCAGCCCUUUGCAUGUCCUACAACGAAUUCUUCCAACAGGGUGCAAAAUAAGAAGCCGGAAAAUGGGGGGGGGAGAAGGAAGGACCCCUCCCCUGCUUAAGUCCUUCUCUAGGCACCUCCC